AUGAUGAAAGGCGAAUGGAUUUCAAUCUCCAUCGAUGAAGACCAGUUGUAUUAUCCGGAACCGAAGCGCGAAGCGGCAAUCUACUGCACCAGCCCUUGUGUUGUGAUAAAUUCUUUUGAAAGCCUACAGCCGGCUUGUGAGAAAUAUUUCGACUCUAAAGAGCAUGGCGGAGACGAGUUUUCUGGAUUUCACUGGGCUAGGGCCAAAGAAGGCAAUCAAAAGCUGUCUUUCCCCGCCAAAAGGUCUCCUGUAUCGCCCCAAGAUUCUUCAAAUGCUAACAUUUUACUUUACCGUGGACAAUCGUUCGAGAAAAGCUUGGACAAAAGCUUGGAAAGUUCAGACGAGGAUGAUGAUAUGUCGAUUGCGGACGAUUUCGAAGACUAUUAUUCGGUAAGGGAAAGAUAUAAAAGCAGCUUUGAAGAUUAUGUGGUAAAAGAGGAGCAAGAGAUGAUACUUGAUGUUUUGAUUGAAAAUCUUGAAAUCAAUGUAAGCGAUCAUCAAGGCCGUGAUAAUGAGAACCAUCAUGGCGAUGCUGAUAAUGAGAAAAAUUCCGAUUUCGAUUUCGAUUUCGAUUUCGAUGCCGAUCAAGACGACGAUGAUUUCAGCKGCAUCUUUUCUGAGGGCCAUUCUAGCAAUGAGGUUGCCAACAAAAGCCUUAACAAAGCGUCAAAUUCUUCCUCCUUAUCUUCGUUGGAAUCUUUUUUGAACUUGAGAGCUUACUUUUUUAACAAGUACCUGUUGCUUGAGCAAUUGAGAACGGGCCAAAAUCAAUUCGAACUAUUUAACCAGGUCGCUAUGAUGACCAUAUCUGAGCCAACCGAUCUACGUCCACGAAGCACAUUGGAAAUUGGAGAAAAUAAUAUAUCAAGUGAAGAGGAACACGGCAGAUUUACCGACUGCGACGAGCUUGAGGAAGAAUUAACAAUGUCUCUCCAAUCGCCACUGAAAUAG